AUGUUUUGUACAAGGAAGAGUGUAGAUAAGUUUUUCCAAGCUUACAAGAAUGAACUUCGUCGUCAAAUAAGCAAAACUACAAGUGUUACUAACUCAGAUUCUAUGGCACCGAGACUGGAUCAGACCAAUAAGGCUACCAACGAAGAAACAGUACAGAAACGCUUGCUGAAGUUGCAGAAAUAUCACAGAUACCUGUCAACCCUCACGUCUCAGCAAAUGCCACUGGCGGCCCGCGGACUGGCGGUGUCAAAAGACCAGUCCCGGGAAUUCAUGGCUUGCUUCCCGGACAUCGUGAGGGAGCUCACAGAAACUGGCAAGCAUAUUGACGUGCCGGAAGCCAGCAAGUGGUUGGCUAAGCUUCUUCAAUACAAUGUACCAAACGGUAAGAAGAACCGCGGGCUGGCGACUGUCUUAGCAUACAAGAUGCUCGAGAAACCUGAUAAAUUGACCCCAGAGAACAUACACCUAGCUAACAUAAUGGGAUGGUGCACGGAAAUGUUCCACACACACCAACUGCUUCUGAACGACAUAAUGUCUGGUGCUGAGAUGCGUCGCGGUGUUCCUUGUUGGUAUCGUCAAACAAACGUCGGCAUGGCAGCAAUCAACGAUUCAUCAUUGAUACAGUCGGCUAUGUACUCCACGCUUAAAAGAAACUUCGUCAACAAACCAUAUUAUAAGAACGUACUGGAAAUGUUCAACGAGAUGCUGUUGAAAUGUUCAAUCGGUAAUUACUUGGAGAAGCAAAUUAUGAAAACGGAUAAGCCAGAUUUAAGUUUAUUCACCAUGGAGAAGUAUGAAGCUAUAACUAAAUACAAAACAUCAUACUACACCUUCCAAAUGCCUGUUGGCUUAGCUCUUUUAAUGGCUGGAGUUGAUGACCCAGAAACACACAGACAAGCUAAAACUAUUCUACUAGAAAUGGGUGAAUUCUUCCAAAUUCAAGAUGAUUUCCUAGAUUGUUUCGGCGAGCCGUCAGUUAUAGGUAAAAAUGGUACAGAUAUUCAAGAUGGUAAAUGCACUUGGCUAGCUGUGGUCGCGUUACAGAGGGCGACACCGGCGCAGAAGCAAUUAAUGGAAGAUCACUAUGGUAGUUCGAAUGUAGAAGAUGUUCAGAAGAUAAAGGAUUUAUAUGAAGAACUACAACUGCCUCACACUUACUCAGUAUACGAAGAAGCCACAUACGACCUACUUAGAACACAAAUACAACAAGUCACUAGAGGAUUACCACACGAUUUUAUACCAGGGCAGCAUAUAGCUAAGAUGGCUACAAACGCGUCUGUAUCAGAAAUGCAGAAAGAGAGAGAAUUGUUUUUAGAUGUCUUCCCAAGUAUUAUGGACACAUUGUUAACGAAAACCAAGUUCUCUAACAUACCGCAUGUCGCUAAUUGGACCAAAAAGGUACUUGAAUACAAUUUGCAAGGCGGUAAGAAGAAUCGCGGACUUUCGGCUGCUCUUGCAUAUGAGAUGCUAGAAGAUCCGGAGAAAAUAACAGAGGAAACUCUCAGAAUCAGCAGAGUGCUGGGCUGGUGUGUUGAAAUGCUGCAAUCGUAUUUGGUGGUUGUGGAUGAUAUGAUGGACGGAGCUACCAAACGCCGCGGUAUUCCUUGCUGGUAUUGUUUACCUAACGUGGGACUUGGGGCCAUUAACGACUCCAUUUUGAUAUAUUCAGCGCUAAAAGAGAUAUUGGCUGCAUAUUGUAAACAUUUGCCUCAAUACCCGCUCAUUGUAGAUGAGUAUGAUGAGGCGUUGUUAUACACAACUGUGGGUCAGCACUUGGACUUUGAAAUGGCUCACAGGCACAAAAAGGACUACAGUCUGUUCACAACAGAGAAAUAUAAUUCUAUAGCGAAGUUUAAGACCGCGUACUAUACGUACAAAUUACCUGUCAGUUUGGGUUUAUUGUUGGCAAAUAAGACGGAUCCCGAAACACACAAAAAGGCGGAGAGUAUAUGUAUUGAUAUAGGACUUUUGUUCCAAAUGCAGGAUGACUUCAUAGACUGCUUUGGAGUUGAGACACUGACCGGUAAGAUUGGUAACGAUAUUCAAGAAGGAAAAUGUUCUUGGCUGGCCGUUCAAGCAUUACAACUUUGCAGUCAAAAACAGAGGACUGUGUUUGUAUCAUGCUAUGGAAGCCCUGAACCGGCUCAUAUAGAGAGAGUUAAAAGAUUAUAUGAAGAAUUAGAACUUCCAGCAUUAUAUCAUAGGACUGAGAAACAUUUGUAUGACACAAUUGUUAAGAAUCUAGAACAAUUACCACCAGACAGCAUGUCACCAAAGUUAUUCAUUAAGCUACUCGACCUCAUUUAUGAUAGGAAGAAUUGA